UCGUCCUUGUUCUCGUGAUCACGUUUUGUUCUGUUUUUGUGUUUGCUUGUUCUCAUUGUGGUGUUUUUGGCUGAGGUUUGGGAGCGCAGGGUUUCGUAGUUUCGUAAUUUGAGCGAGAGAGAGAGUCGGCGGCACAGGUUGCACUGAAUGACUGCAGUGAGAUAGAGAAUAGAAAGGAAGGGGUGUGUGUGUCUGCGUUGGUGUUGUAGUGUAUGCGCACGGGGAUGGAGCGGCAUCACUUCAACUACUGUUGAGGGAGACAUCGGGACGGACGCGAGGUGCGUCGAUGUUGAAAGUACUAGUGAGCCGAGCAGGUCACGAUAUGGCUGCCGUAUGCCUGCUGAGGCCAAUGUGUAGCUGGGGCUACUACCGCCCCGUUCCCGUCUCCGUUUGUACCAAGCUAGUUGCGUCUUCUAGGUUUUUGCCAUGGGUUUGCGUCAAUUUCUCGAGUAAAGGAUUAGCUGCGGGAGUUAGGAUUGCUGAGAGUGCGACGAGGAAAGCGCCGGCACGACCUUUGCGGUUAAGAAUAGCGAAAGCAGCAAUUGUUAAUGAAACUACAACCGACGUGAAGCAUUCAGAGGGUACUCUACGGAAAGGCGUGUUGUUGGAAUUCAGUAAAGAAUCAGGGAAGUAUGUGCUUGCUGUAAUUCAAAGACCAGAAGGAAAGAAGAAUUGGGUUGCGGCCGAUCAGUUUGGGAACGUACAUUCCGUGAAGCCACAACAGAUCACAUUUAUUGUGCCCGGUGCGGAAGAUUUUAAAACUGCUGAUAUUUCGGCUUUUAUCAACAAGGCUCAAACCUUAGAGGAUUCAUCCCUCCUGGAGUUUGCUUGGGAGGAGCUGCUUGAUGCUAAGAAAGAUGUGAAUGCAGUGGAGCUUGCUAAGAUCUGCUAUGGAGAUGGCCCAAUAGAAUAUUAUGCUGCACAUCGUUUGCUUAUAUCACAACAAGUAUAUUUUCGAUGUAAACAGAAGGGACCGUCAGCAAUUUACGAGCCCAGGCCUUUAUCACAGGUGAAUGACCUCAAGCAGCAACAAAUAAUUGAGAAGGCAGCUCGGGAAGAACUUUUAGUAUACAUUAAUGAGAUACGGAGUGCCUGUGAUUUACCCCACGAAUCUAAACCUCCACUAAACCAUUGGCAAUCUAAUGCGUAUUUUAAUGCUCGGACGGAUGCGUUGAGAGUUUAUGCUCUAGAACUUGCCUCAGCACCUAAAGCACCUCAGCAAAGGCAGUUAGCUGAAGAGGUCUUGGAGGCAUUAAAUAUUUCCAAAAAGUCAUCCACGGCAGUAGACUUGUUAAUUAAGAUGGGCGUUUUCCCGGUGCAUGUGAACCUUGAGUUACUGAAAUCCGGUGUGCCGAUAGAAUUCUCCAGUGAAUGUGUGGAGGCUGCCCAGAGUGUGAUGACAAAUCCUCCUUUAGACACAAAUUUGGCAGAUCGAGUCGACCUUACCCACUUGAAAGUUUACACCAUAGACUCUGAAGAUGCUGAUGAGAUAGACGAUGGGCUCAGCGCUAUUCGUUUACCAGAUGGGCGAAUCAAGGUUUGGAUACAUGUUGCCGAUCCGACUCGAUGGGUGCCACCUAUGCACCUUCUAGAUAAAGAGGCAAAGCGACGAUCAACAUCGAUUUACUUACCAACUGGAGCUGUGCCCAUGUUUCCUAUGAACUUAGCUUCUACCGUAAUGAGCUUGAGACAAGGUCACGAGGCUUGCGCUUUAACUGUGUCGAUUAUCUUCCAUUGUGAUGGCAGUAUUGCAGAAAGUGAAGUGAUGUGCUCCACAAUCAAGCCUACAUACAGGCUUUCAUAUGAUAAUGCAGCUGAGCUUUUGUCAAUGAAUGUUGAGGAAGAGGCAGAGCUAUAUUUGUUAGCUGAAGUUGCAAAAUCACGUCGAGAGUGGCGAAAUUCACAGGGUGCCAUUGAUGCAACAGUGCCCGAAGCUAGUAUUAAAGUACUAGAUCCGGAUAGCCCCAAGCCUUCAAUUAUCAUGUCAGUGGUUGAUCAAGCAGGACCGGCAUCUCAAUUAGUGUCGGAAAUGAUGAUUGCUUGUGGAGAGGCAUUGGCAGCUUUUGGUGAAGAGAAAAACAUUUCUUUGCCAUACAGGGGACAGGCGUCUCAAGAGAUCCCAGCAGGUGAUAUGGAGGCUAUCCCAGAAGGUCCCUGUCGGGCCCUCGCACUAAGAAGAUAUUUAGGCCGUGCAGACAUGAGUUUCAUGAAGCCUAUUAGUCAUGCAGCGCUUGGAGUUCGUGGAUACGUGCAAUUUACAUCUCCCAUUCGUCGUUACAGCGACCUCUUAGCGCACUACCAGGUGAAGGCUAUUCUACGGGGCGAGCCUCCUCCUUUUUCAAGUGCUUAUGUGGAAGCGGUAAUGGCGGUGGUCAAUCUUCAGAGCAGGCAAGCUCGCAAGCUGCAAGUUUCAAGCACUAGGUACUGGGCAAUAGAGUACCUCCGAAGGCAGCCACGAGGGACACAAUUUCAGGCAUUAGUGCUUCGUUUUGUGAGGGAAGGGGAGCCUCUAGUGCUUAUUGAAAAGUUGGGUAUCCAAGCACAAGCUAAUCUUGUUAGAAAUACGGCAGUAGGAAGUGAGAUCACAGUGAUUGUUGAGGCAGCGUAUCCUCGUAACGAUUUUAUCAUCCUUCGCCAGGUUUGACCUCGAUAUUAUAAGUGCUUCAGUAGGAAUUUUCACACUGCCCGUCAUUCCGCAGUUUAUUUUAUAUUUUUGAUGAAAGAUUUGAGAGAGGCUUCCGAAUUGGAACGCGCCGCCCUUGUUUCACUGACUAUUCAGUAGGAAAGAAAUCCCCACAACUUAGCCGUUGUCGAUUUUUUUCAUUUGUUUUGUUUCUAUUUUGUGCGGCAACAACUGGUAAGUGAAGCUAUACCCAUCAGAAAAGAUGAGAGAACUGUCAACAUUAGACUCGUGUUAUCAGGUGCGUCCUAACAUUGUCAUUGGUGAUGUCCGAUGUUACUAAUGCCAAGUAUCUUCUUAAA